AAGGGAACUCGCAAUUUAUGGGAUUAUAAAAUCAUAACAACCGCUCCAUCUAUGCUGUCCCGCGCGCACCGGACAGAAUAGAAGACUGGCAGGUUGCUACGCUGGCCCUAUUGCUAGGAGGUGGAGCCCUGGUGCUGAUGUCAUUCCUGGUCGCUCUAGUUGCAGUGUGCAUCGGCACGAGACGGCGCUUCUACGCACCCGUCGCCUUUAUGCUCUUUGCUGCAGUUGUCCUCCAGGCCUGCAGCUUGGUCCUCUACCCCAUCAAGUUCAUUGAGAGCAUCAACCUGAGAAUCUACCACGAGUUCAACUGGGGCUACGGCCUGGCCUGGGGAGGAACCAUCUUCUCCUUCGGUGGGGGAAUCCUCUACUGCCUCAACCCCAAAAACUACGAGGAGUAUUACUAGCUCUAAUGCAAGCCGAGAAGCCUACAUGUUGGUAGAGGUAGUCAGGAGACAAGCAAGGUUUUUUUUUGGUUUUUUUGUAACCGCUCAAUUCCCAAGAACUCUAAGUAUAAAGUAUACAUCGUAUUUGAACCAAUAACUGUACUACCACAAGCUUCCACCCGGGGGAAAUUCAAGGGGUGAAGCUGCCGGUCGGGGGAUUUCUUUUCUUGCCUCAAAUAACAGUUGAGGCUGAGGCUGCAUAUUUGAACUUACAGCCGUAACGUCACCAAGUUGGUCCUGGGGAGGGGUUGGUGGGUGGGAAGGAGUCUUACCAGUUUA